CAGCAGAUCUGAAUGCAGGACACUCAUGACCACCGGAUACUGGAUGAAGGGUGCUUUAUCAGCUGGUUUCUGUGUGGAAACACGUGGAAGGAUCUUUAUGGAAAAUCAGGAUGAUGCUAAACACAGAGGUCUCGUGGAAUAAAGCUUUAACAGACAACAAUAUCAAGGGCCUCGUUGGCUGCUUACGGGGCCUUUGUACUGAAGGUGAAGGGGAUACGAGUGAAUGUUUAGCCCGUUUUAACUGCUGGCUUCAGAGUUCAGCAGAACUGGCCAAGAAGGAGCUGUUAAUGCUCUGUUUCGGACGAUGUGAAGGAUUGUGGAUGUUUGUAGAUGAAAACGCUUUCGCUCUAGUCCAUAAACUGGUCCUCAAGUUGAAGAACCUGCUUUCUCUGGUCCACCUUGUACAGAAACAAAGUGAGCCUGUACACACUAAACAAGGAAGCAAGGCUUCAUAUAUAUGGGGUUGUUGGAAACAGGAGCAUCAUGCCAUGAGGCAACACAUCCUGCUGGGCCGCCUGGUGCAGUGGUGGAGCCUCACAGGACUUCUGCCCAAGUACCCAGAAGCCCAUGCGCUGAAGAGGAUAUCUCAGAUGUGGCGUGAGAUGGACCGCAAACAAAGGAGAACAUGUCUGCAGUUGAGCAGUUAUGCUGAGGAUAAGUACCGAUGGAGUUCUCUUAUUCAGGGUAUGGUAGCUCAUAUGGACAAACAACACGGGCCUAUAUGGGUUUCAGAAGACUGUGCCUACCAAACGUACCCACCACCAUCUCUAGAAGCUUUGCUAAAGCUAGUGCUGCUGCCUAAUAUUGACAUGGUGUCCGUCCAAGCCAUUGUAAUGUACUUUGUCCUGGAUGUGUCUAACUUCCUGCAGUGUAAGGAUGAUCUCCAGCAGUCAUUCUGUCAUGUUUUCAGUGUCUCAUCUGCAUUUUCCCAACAGAUCUUUGGAUUUUGGCUUCUAGAUCAGGGAUUAGUAACAGAUUCAAUGGAUGUCUUAUUGAGCCCGAGAGCUUGUCCUCCAGCACUGUCAUGGCACCACUGGGCUGUUCUGAGGACCUUAUUGAGGACAGGAGAGAAUAAAGCAGCACUGAAGUAUCUAUACAGCAUCACACCAGCCAUGGAGAACAUUCAUGAUAUCAAACUCCGUGUGGAUGUAUUAAUACAGAACAAAUGUAUCUCAGCAGCCUGGGCUCUGCUCAGAGGACUUCAUGAAGACGUUCAUUUGUUCAAGCACUUCAUUCGUGUCUGUGAGAAUCGUGGGAUUUGUAGUCAUGCAUUGGCCACACUAUGCGAGGGUAUGGCUCGUAUCCCUUUGACGAAAAGCCGAAAUAUGCAGUCCAAUGAAGCACAAAUACAGAAUCAAAAAACAAUAGGUCUAUGUCCAGUAAGACCUGAACCAGGGUUUCAAGGACAAACUCCACGUCCACUGUCUGCAUGGCUAUACCAAAUGGAUGAGCAACUGACCCCUAGAGAUUUUGUCAGGAUACUCAGACAAUCUAUUUCUGAAAUAUGUCCACUACCAAAGAAAAGAAGCUCCCCAUUCUCCAGAACCGGCUGUCGACCACGUGAGACAGAUAAAACAAGAGAGAAUAAAGGUGAAAUUAAGGGGAGGUUUUGGAGGGUACGGCAGACCACCGCAAUCUGGCAUCAUUGCAGGAACUUUACAGCUUCGCUUCAACACUGCGAUCCAGACCCCCAUCACUCCUUGAAAUCCAGGAAAUGUGCUCGACUGCAUUAUUUGUCUGGAUAUUUGCCUGGGCAAUCAGGCAGCGGAAAGGGAGAGUUGUCGAGUGUUUAUUAGAACGGCGGACGACGUGUCGGCUGUAAUGCUCAGAACACCGAGACCACAAGCCCAACCACCUGACAGGCCUGGUGACCCUGCAAGACGGUUUCCAGACAGCUGCAGCUGGACUGAUGUUCAGUUGGAGAUGGAAGCGAUGUUGCUGCCGAUGGCGACCGUCAGCAUCAGAGCCGGAAGUGGCAGAACAGAAGAUCCGAUUAGAGGAAAGAAAUGAC